AUGGAUGAAACGAGGGCACGCUGAGCAUGUUGGUUUCAUCAUUGCGUCAGACUUUGAUAAUACAGCACUAGUAAGGUAGAAAAGAGAUUUACAUCUGAGCCGCAAAUAACGCGGGUGAUUUAUAGCACUGGUUUUAAACGGACUCGUUUUAACCAUUGUUUACCUAUGUAAAUAUGCCUCCUACACACCGAGAACAUAGUUUCAUAGAACCUACAAAUUAAACGCCUUGUGAUGGUCAUAUGACAGACGUGCAUAUAAUGAGCACGUGAACUCUCCCACGCGAAGCGGAGCUCCAAAUUUAGCGGACAGCUGUUUUGGGUUCACGGUUACCAUGCACUAUGCCGUCACCCGACUACUGCCAAAGGAUUUUGGGCUGAAGUUUGGCGCGUGCAGCAGCCCGCUAUCCAAAACUGCGAGUGGAUCCACGCUGCGUGUGCCCACAAACACGUCUCACGGUAAAAUCGCCCACAGACCGUGGUCCUCCGUGAUUCAUUGGCGAGAACUACAGGCCUUGAAGCCCAUCGGCAGCGGUGGAUUCGGUCUGGUGUUCAAAGGCACAUACUUUGACGAGAUUGUUGCUGUAAAGAAAGUGAGAUGUGUGACAAACAAGCUGGCCUCGAGGCAGUGUCUGGGCUGAACUCAA